AUGUCGUCCAAGCUCUUCCAGCCGCUGAAGGUCGGCAAGGUCCAGUUGUCUCACCGUGUGGUGAUGGCGCCCCUCACCCGUUUCCGCUUUGAUGCAGACCACAUCCCGCUCGACAUCGCCCUCGAGUACUACACCCAGCGCGCCGCCGUUCCCGGUACACUCAUUAUCGCCGAGGCCGUGCUCAUCUCCCCGGAGCAUGGUGGCUUCCCCAACGCCCCGGGCAUCUGGAACGAGCGCCAGAUCGCCGGUUGGAAAAAGGUCACGGAUGCUGUACACGAGAAAGGUAGCAUCAUUUACGCCCAACUUAUCGCACCGGGCCGGGCCGCCGUCGUCCCUGUUCUAGAGAAAGAGGGCGGCCAUCCGCUGCUCAGCUCCAGCGCUAUCCCCAUUAGCCCUGAGUCUCCGGUGCCCCGCGAGAUGACAGCCGAAGAAAUUGCUUCCGCUGUCAAGGACUUUGCGCAGGCUGGCAAGAACGCGAUCGCAGCUGGUUUCGACGGCGUCGAGAUCCACGGCGCGAAUGGCUACCUCGUUGACCAAUUUCUACAAGAUACCUGCAAUCAGCGCACCGAUCAGUGGGGUGGCAGCGUCGAGAAUCGGGCUAAAUUUCCCGUUGAUGUCGCAGCCGCGCUGGCCGACGCGAUUGGCAGCGAUAAGGUCGGAUUCCGUAUCAGCCCGUACAGCACGUUUCAGGCGAUGAGAAUGCAGGAUCCUGUGCCUCAAUUCUCUUACCUCGCGCAGAAGUUGAAGGAGCUCAAGCUUGCCUAUCUGCACAUCAUCGAGUCUCGAGUCAACAACUGGGAAGAUGUCGAGAAGAUCGAGGGUAUCGAGUACCUCUUGGAGAUUUGGGAUAACGUUUCGCCCGUUUUUGUCGCAGGCGGAUUCUCACCCGAGCUGGCUCAGAAGGCUGUCGACGAGGAGUAUGCCAAGUGGGAUGUCGCUGUUGUCUUCGGCCGUCAUUUCUUGGCAAACCCGGACUUGCCAUUCCGCAUCAAGCACAGCCUUCCACUGAACAAGUACGACCGCGACACUUUCUACACGCCGUCCAUCCCGCAGGGUUACAUAGACUACCCGUUUCACCCUGCUUUCAAGCCAGGUAAACCAUUGGCAUAG